AUGACAAUUCCAUUUGAUACGGUACAGAUGCCUGUUAAACGUUUUUUAAAUCCGACACAUACCGAAAUUAAAUACAAACAAUUAGGAUUUUUAAUAACGGAUUGUCCCGAUGAUGACUUAAUGGUCAAUUAUAUUGAAGCAUACCAAAAAUUUGGUGUGACAGCUGUUGUUCGUGUAUGUGAACAAAGUUAUGAUAAAACACCUAUUACAGAUGCUGGAAUAAAAUUUUAUGAUCUUGUAUUUCCGGAUGGUACAACACCGGAUAUCACUGUUCGAGAAAAAUGGCUUAAUAUUAUUAAAGAAGAUAUUCGUGAAAAUCCAAAUAAUAGUUGUAUUGCUAUACAUUGUGUUCAUGGCUUAGGACGAUCACCUGUAAUGGUUGCAUUAGCAUUACGAGAAGCUGGCAUGUCAAAACAAGAUUCUAUCGAUUUAAUAAAAGCAAAACGUCGUGGAAGUUUUAAUUUACGACAAUUAGAAUUUUUACAAAAAUAUCGUCCCAAUCAUCGAUUAGCUACUAAUAAGCAAACAACGUGCACUAUUAUGUAA